AUGGCACCAUCAGCUCCGGUCAUCCUGUUUCAUUACCCGUUCUCCCCAUGGUCACAAAAGGUCACAGCUUACCUCUCCCUUAGGGGCAUACCAUACACAUCAUGUCAUCAGCCAGUCAUUCAACCACGUCCAGACAUGGACGCUUUGGGAGUCAAAUAUCGACGAAUUCCGGUCAUGUCAAUCGGGCGAGAUAUAUACUGUGACACUCUGCUCAUGAUCGAGAAGCUGAACGAGCUCUACCCAGUAACAGACGAAGCUCCUGGCAUAGCAGCCACCAAGGCGCAGGAUCGAGCUCUCGAGAGACUGCUGGAGAAGUGGACAGAUGUGGUAGUCUUCAAGUACGCGGCUGCGGCCAUUCCGACCUCGAACCCAAUCAUGAGUGACAAGAACUUCAGGGAUGACAGGAAGGAGCUUUGGGGCCGUGAGUGGACGGAGGAGCAUCAGGACAGCCUGCGUCCAGAAGCACUUGUAGUAUUGAGAUCGAACAUGGAGCUCUUGGAAAACGAUCUCUUGACAGAGGGCCAGGACUUCAUUUUCCCAGGCUCACAGCCGUCUCUCUCGGACAUACACGCAGCAUGGAUUUUCACCUGGCUAGCGGAUAUGGACGAUGCUCUUCCCAAAGGCAUUUUCUCGGCUAAGGACUUCCCCAAGACGUAUGCGUGGUUCGAUAGAUACAAGGCAGCUAUUUCGCAGGCAAUGAAAGAGAUGGACACGAGUGGAAAGGUUAGGCAGAUCGAGGGUCAAGACGCUGUAAAGGAGAUUUCUGAAGGUCCGUUUGGUGAAGAUCAGCCUGCGAUUGAUGAGCGAGACCCAACAGGUUUGCAAGGAGGAGAGCAAGUCAAUGGCUAUCCCACAGAUACCGGCUUUUCUCGCAAAGAUGCUGGUAAGUUAGUCGGCUUGACAUCGCGAGAAGUGGUGAUUGCUAGCAAAGCAAAGAACGGUGCUGAGAUCAGAGUACAUCAUCCAAGAUGGAACUUUGCCGUAGAGAAGGCGUAG